AUGGAUCCUAAUCCUCCCAAACCAAUACUGCCCAAUUUAAAUCUUUCUCCGCCUGUUUCACCUGAGCAAGAACUUCCGGUAGUACCUCAGUCACCACAACAGCAACCGCCACCAAACUCCUCUCCACCACAACAGCAACCGCCACCCAACUCCUCUCCACAGUCUAACUCUCCUUGGCAAUCGCCGACCAACUUACCUUCAACGUCACACUCUCCGCCACAGCAGCCGCUAAACAUUCCACCACAGCCACAAAUAUUAGUCCAAGAUCCUCAGCUGGGAUCACCAGAUUCGUGGCCAGACCCGGACGCUUCACCACAAGAAUCAUGGCCAGAGGAGCCACAACCUUCACCUCCACAUGAAUAUUUAGUCCAAACUACCGGAGGAGUCUACACCGUCACCUUACCACACUCUCCGCGAAGUCACCUGCGGCCAGAUGUGCUUUCUACACCGGAAACGUCAGACUCUCUACCAGACUCAUCAGGCGCUCCACAGGACACGGCAUCAAGAAAUACUUCCCCUCUUCCUCCCUCUCAAUGA